ACCGGGUACCUUAGGUAUUUUGCGACCUUCAUCCUUUCUCAUUAUUAACUUGCUUCACACUGUGUAUCCUUCACCUGAUCUUCCACCGUGCAUACAUCAGUGGCAAACGCAAGUUGAUAUCUCCGCGUUGCCAUGUUGUUUAUUAACCCUGGUUGAGGAGUGCACGGGUUCUCGCUUCCCCUUUGGCUCCUGCACUUUACACACAGUACACCCUUUCGCAAAGCGCGUCGCCAAUCCACGUCCCACCGAGCACUUAACGCAGCGAAGGUAGUGGCUCAGCUCGUUUGACCAGAUAACGGCACUUUGGCGCGACCAUGAGUGUCCUCGAGUCCAGGGAAUCCGCUGGCGCAGUUUCCCCGCGCAGUUUCGCUAUUGCCCACCAGCGCCCGAGGAAUAGCUUUGCGGGAUGCUCGCGCAUUACCGACUAUGAGGUCCUGGGCAAGCUCGGCGAGGGCACAUUCGGCGAGGUCCAUCGCGCGAGAUCUAAAAAGACCGGUGCCUUGGUUGCGCUCAAGAAGAUCAUCAUGCACAACGAGAAGGAUGGUUUCCCGAUCACCGCUCUCAGAGAGAUCAAGCUUCUUAAACUUCUCUCUCACAAGAACGUCCUACGGCUAGAGGACAUGGCUAUCGAACACCCAACAAGGAGUAGCAAGUCGACCCAUUCGUCUAGUUGUUGUCUCUGCGACCUUUCACUAACAUGCUCGUCAGACGACAAACGGAAGAGACCAAUCAUGUACAUGGUCACGCCUUAUAUGGAUCAUGACCUUUCAGGCCUGCUGGACAACCCCUCGGUGCACUUUACUGAGCCCCAGGUCAAGUGCUAUAUGCUCCAGCUGCUCGAGGGUCUCAAGUACCUGCACGACAACCACAUUCUGCACAGGGACAUGAAGGCUGCCAAUCUUCUAAUCAGCAACAAGGGCAUCCUCCAGAUUGCAGACUUCGGCCUCGCGAGGCAUUAUGACGGAGAAGUGCCGAAGCCUGGCAGGGGCGGUGGCGAGGGGCGCCGUGACUACACGAGCUUGGUAGUGACCCGCUGGUACAGACCUCCUGAGCUGCUGAUGCAUCUCAAGCGUUACACUACAGCCAUCGAUAUGUGGGGCGUUGGGUGCGUGUUUGGCGAGAUGCUUGUGGGCAAGCCUAUCCUUGCGGGAGAGAGCGACGGCCACCAGCUUGAACUUAUCUUCGAGCUCUGCGGAACGCCAAAUGACGAGAACAUGCCCGGCUGGCGAUCGCUGCCGGGCGCAGAGGCCUUGCGGCCGCAACCCAGACCGGGGACCCUGACUCAGAGAUUCAGGGACCAAGCUCCAGUCGCGGUGUCACUUCUCAAGGAACUUCUGAAGCUUGACUGGCGGAGUCGUAUAAAUGCGAUCGACGCUCUGCAACACCCCUACUUCCGGACCACGCCAUUACCAGCCAAACCUCACGAACUCCCAUCUUUCGAAGAGAGUCACGAACUUGAUAGGCGAAAGUUCCAUGACAGAAGAGCGGCACUUCCGCCGGCUCCAAAGGGCGGUACCGUCGGCCGUGGCCCGCAUGACGGGCCCAACGCCUCCUUCAGCGGCGACGGGUUCAACAGCAGAAACGGCGUCAACGGCAGUCGCUACCCACGCAAUAGUCGGGGCCCGGAAGAGCGCGUACCAGCAUGGCAUAGAGACCGUGGGCUGCCGCCUCGGCCGCCUCCGCCCGCUGACGACCACCUCGACAGUUACAGAGGUGACGGCAGGGACCGUGGUGGGAGACCUCGCGGAGGAGGCGGGGCUCGGCAAGACGUCGACACGUACAUCCCGAGUUACGACCGUGAUGCGCCUAGGAGGGAUGAUCGGCGGCGGAGAGAUGAUAGGGACGAUAGGCGACACGACUGGGAUCGGAGGCGAGACUAUGACGACCGGGGACGCACCAGCCGGACGAGGAGUAGGAGUCGCUCGCCGAUCCGCGACAGGGAUAGGGACCGCGAUAGGGACAGGGAUAGGGACAGAGACAGAGACCGCGACAUGUACCGUAGGUAGUACCACGGGCCGGUUUACAGUCUUCCCAUGGGUAGGGCAGGGUUUCGUCGAAAGACGGGUUGAGAUGGGUGUUUGUGGCUGCAUUGGCCGGGACAUAGGCCUAGCGUGUGGGCAUUGGCUCAUGAUGAUGGGAGUAGGACUGUGUGAUGCAGCACGCCCGAGGCAGCAGCAUGUACUUUUUCUGCACUGCCUUUCUGAGCCCAUAGGCGGCCAUAGGUAAUGUAUAAAGUCGCUCCCAGCUGGCGAGUCGACUGCGACAC